AUGCGUUUGACCAAUAUUAUUGUCGGAGCCACCUUGCUAGAGGCUGCCAUUGCGGCACCGGCUGUCCACCAGCACAAGCGUGAUGUUGUUACCACGACUGUCCAGGCUAAAGUCACCGUUGUUGUCGGUAGCGAUGGAUCGGCUAUUAACCAGCCCCCUGCGGCAGACGCUCCUGCCGGUGCUGUCACCACUAUUAGCACCGCGCCUGCAGUUGAGGCCACCUCCUCCGCACCAGCUCAGGCCGCUGUUGCUUCUUCGGAAGUCUCCUCGUCCAGCACCAGUGCUAGCCGUAGCGAAAGUGCCAGCAGCGUGAGCAGCUCCAACAGCGCCAGCUCUUCUGGCUCUUCCUCGGACUCCAGCGUCUCGAUCGGUGCCGCAGGCGUCAAGGGUAUUACCUACUCUCCUUACACAAGCAGCGGUAGCUGUAAGUCUGCGAGCGAAGUCAAGGCCGAUUUGGCCUCUCUGACUGACUACCCAGUCCUCAGACUUUACGGUGUCGACUGUGAUCAGGUUGCCAAUGUUCUACAGGCUAAGUCUCCUUCUCAAAAAUUGUUCUUGGGUAUUUUCAACGUGGGUCAGAUCCAGGAUGGUGUCCAAACCAUUGCCAGCGCUGUUGAGAAAUACGGUUCUUGGAAUGACAUCGUCACUGUUUCUGUCGGUAACGAGCUAGUUAAUGGUGGCCAAGCCACUCCUUCUCAAGUUGGUCAAUACAUUUCCACUGCCAAGUCCGCCUUGAGUGCUGCUGGUUACACUGGUAGUGUCGUUUCUGUUGACACCUUCAUCGCCGUCAUCAACAAUCCUGAACUGUGCAAGUAUUCCGACUACAUGGCCGUCAAUGCUCAUGCUUACUUCGACAAGAACACUGUUGCCUCUGAUGCUGGCACCUGGCUGUUGCAGCAAAUUCAAAGAGUCUACACUGCCUGUGGCGGUGAAAAGACUGUCGUUGUGACUGAAUCCGGCUGGCCAUCUCAAGGUCAAACUUACGGUGUUGCUGUGCCAUCCAAGCAGAACCAAAAAGCUGCUGUGGAAUCUAUCAUCAAAAGUUGCGGUUCCGAUACCUACUUGUUCACUGCCUUCAACGACCUCUGGAAGGCAGAUGGUCCUUACGGAGUCGAGAAGUACUUCGGUGUUUUGUCCAACUGA